UACUAAUAUUUUUGCAAAGCUGAAGGGACAAGUGUGGGAUAUUUCCCACCUCUCAAAUUUCCGGAAUUUCUCGAGGCCAUCGUUGGCUGAGUAACUGAAGGAUCCAAUGGCGGGCGCCGUGCUAUCUUCUUCUUCUCUCUGUUGCUACGCCUCCAUUCGCGAUAUUCGCAUACCUCAUCCAUCUAAAUUAGCUUCUUCUUCUCGUCAAUUCAGCACCGCAUUCGCCACCGGUUCUCCUCUCUCGAUUCGAACACCAAUCUACAGGAGAAAGGCUGCUGGUCUGAAUUCAACAUCAGUGUCUGUAAGAUGUGAGCAGAGUACAAAGGAAGAAGGCAAUGGUUUAGAUGUAUGGCUGGGACGGCUCGCUAUGGUUGGCUUUGCCGCCGCUAUUAGUGUUGAGGUUGCCACCGGCAAAGGGCUCCUUGAGAAUUUUGGCCUCACAGAUCCUCUGCCAACCGUGGCGUUAGCAGUGACAGCGUUGGUGGGAGUUCUUACUGCAGUCUUCAUCUUCCAGUCUGCAUCAAAGAAUUGACCAAUCUACUUUCUUUCUACAUGGUGUGUCUACAAUACAAUUCAUUUGUUUACCUUGAAGAUGCUGUCUGCUAUAUACAACGCAACUCUACUAUGUAUGUACUUUUGCAGGAUGUAUGGAUGUAUCUACUUUAAGCAUAGAAAUCAUAUUUGUUUCAAAGUGUAAAGAUACUGAUGCCCUUCUUUACCACUUAUCUUCCUGAUUUUCAAUCGACACACAA